CGUGGGAUGAGCUCAGGAGCGGAUGUGGCCGCCGUGCACGAGCGUAACCCGUUAACGAUGGACGCGUUUACUGCGUGCGGGUGAUGUCUUCACUCACCAUUUGAAAAGCACCGUCUGAUCCCGCCAGGCCAAAUGCCACACUACUGAGAGAAGAAAAAAACAAAAACAAAGCCAAGCGGAUUAAAUCAGGAAUCCGUCACCUCCCCCUAAGUAGGUGUGAACUGCCCGGCUGCGAUCAUGGGCAACCAGCUGACCGAUAUCGCCCCCAACACGUCCUUCCUGCCGAGCUUCCAGUCUCUGCACGUGGUGGUCGUCGGGCUCGACUCGGCCGGCAAGACCUCCCUGCUCUACCGGCUCAAGCUGAAGGAGUUUGUGAAGACCAUCCCCACCAAGGGCUUCAACACAGAGAAGAUCAAGGUGUCCGUGGGGCCGUCCAGGACCACAAACUUCCAGGUGUGGGACGUGGGCGGCCAGGAGAAGCUGCGCCCCCUGUGGAAGUCGUACACCCGGCGGACGGACGGGAUGGUGUUCGUGGUGGACUCCACCGAGCUGGAGCGGAUGGAGGAGGCCAAAGUGGAGCUCCACAAGAUCACCCGCACCUCGGAGAACCAAGGGGUGCCGGUGCUCAUCCUGGCCAACAAGCAGGACCGGGACUCGGCCUCGUCCGUCGGCGAGGUGGAGAAGCUGCUCGCCGUCCACGAACUGAGCGCGUACACGCCGCACCACGUGCAGAGCUGCAGCGCGGUGGACGGCCGCGGGCUGCAGCCGGGCCUGGAGAAACUUUACGAGAUGAUCCUGAAGCGGAAGAAGACGGUGAAGCACAACCGGAACAGGAAGAGGUGAACGGGCCUCGGGGGGGGGGGGCCUCGCGCCGCGGUGGAGAUUUUGGAAUUUUUUAUUUUAUUUUUUUUUUGUCGGGGGGGCCACUCUUUUUAUCGGGCGAGCACCGCGACAAAUGCGAGCGAGAAAUGGAUUUGCUCGUAAAAUAAUUGAAGCGCCGUUGACGCGAUCUCCGUCCUUGCAGCUGCCCGAAAAUCAUAUGUUUUAGAUUUAAAAAGGGAACCUCAAGCAGUUAGUCUUCACUAAGUGCUUUUCUACACCUGUUUUAAAGAAUAACUCUAGCGAGACAUAUGCCUGUUAUCUGUAGGACUAAUAUUACAUCCACGUUUCAGGUCCCUGUACUAUAUAUAUAUAUAUAUAUAUAUAUAUAAAAAAAGGCCCUUUAUAAUCCUUCACAAGCUUGCACAGAUCCUGUCCCACUAAAUUGCUGUUUUUUUGUUCCACAGACGCUUCCCUGAAAUAUUUAUUCCACAUUUUUUUCUUUGUGUUCGUGUUGGACAGAGAGAGGGGGACUUUUUGUUUUUUGUAAAUGAUGUGAAAUGAGACCGAGUUCGGUGGUGAUGGGAGCACCGCGUGAUGUUAGAUAUUCUUGCCAUGGAAACUGUAAUCCUAAGUGCAUUCCCUUCGUGGCCACAGAGGUUAAGUUUCAGUUACUAUAAUAAUGUUUAUACAAAUUGUACAUUUUUGUAACACUGAAGACUUAAUAAAUCUACGCACUGUACAGAACA